CUUCCAGCCGACCGCCCGGGAGCCUGGGCUCCCCUCCCUCCCGCGGAGCCGCCGCCUUACAGCGAAGCCGCCCCCUCAGAGGAUGCGACACGGCACAGUGUUGUAAUAUUGGAAGAAUCUGGACUGAAUGAACUCUAGUAUUAUAAGAAAUUCUCCAUCAAUAAUUCAUAAAAUUGUAAGUCAGCUGAAAAAUGAAGCAAGUUCCAGAGAUCCUUGGAAAUACCAAUGGGAAGACUCAAAAUUGUGAAGUUAAUCGGGAAUGUUCAGUGUUCCUCAGCAAAGCUCAGAUUUCUACAACCCUACCAGAGGGUGUCAUGCAAAAAUUUAAUGGCCAUGAAGCGCUACCAUUCAUUCCUGCUGAUAAAUUGAAAGAUCUGACCUCCCGAGUCUUCAAUGGAGAGUCUGGUGCCCAAGAUACCAAGCUGCGUUUUGAAUCCCAGGAAAUAAAGGGAAUUGGAACACCCCCUCAUACUACUCCUAUCAAAAAUGGCUCUCCUGAGAUUAAACUGAAAAUCACCAAAACAUACAUGAAUGGAAAACCUCUCUUUGAAUCUUCUAUUUGUGGAGACAAUGGUCCAGAUGUGUCCCAAUCAGAAGAAAAUGAACAAAAACUAGAAAACAAGUCAAGAAGGAAUAGGAAAAGGAGCAUAAAGUAUGAUUCCUUACUUGAACAGGGCCUUGUUGAAGCAGCUUUGGUAUCUAAGGCUUCAAGUCCCUCGGAAAAAAAGAUUCUAGCUAAGAGAGAGUCAUAUCCAAACAUCAAUAAAGAAAAAGACCAUCUGUUGAAGUAUAAUGUUGGCGAUUUGGUAUGGUCAAAAGUUUCAGGUUAUCCUUGGUGGCCAUGUAUGGUUUCAGCAGAUCCUCUACUUCACAGCUAUACCAAACUAAAAGGACAGAAAAAGAGUGCUCGCCAAUAUCAUGUACAGUUCUUUGGUGAUGCUCCAGAAAGAGCUUGGAUAUUUGAGAAGAGUCUUGUACCAUUUGAAGGAGAAGAGCAGUUUGAAAAAUUAUGUCAGGAAAGUGCAAAACAGGCACCCACAAAAGCUGAGAAGAUCAAGCUGUUGAAACCUAUAUCAGGAAAAUUAAGGGCCCAAUGGGAAAUGGGCAUUAUUCAAGCAAAAGAAGCAGUGAAUAUGACAGUAGAAGAGCGGAAAGCCAAGUUUACCUUCGUUUAUGUUAGGGACCGACUUCAUCUAAAUCCUCAAGUAGCUAAAGAAGCUGGUAUUGCAGUGGACCCAUUAGAAGAAGUAGAUGAAUCUUCAGAUGUAAGUGAAGAAACCGCUCAAAACCCAAAGUAUAAAGAAUUAGGUGUCCCCAACAAGAGGAGGAGGAGAUCAAAAUUACCAACUUGUCCUGAUAACCAGGAAAGUGAUUCAGGGACUAAAAACAUUACUCCUCAAAGAGCAGCUGAACAAGCAGAUUCAAAAAGAGGAUUGGGCUCUCCUAUUGGUAGAAAGAAGGCUGCGGCAUCUACUCCACGAAGCAGAAAGGGAGAUUCAGGGUCUCAAUUUUUGGUCUUCUGUCAGAAGCACAGAGAUGAGGUAGUUGCUGAACAUCCAGAUGCUUCAUCUGAAGAAAUUGAAGAAUUGCUCGAAUCACAGUGGAAUAUGCUUAAUGAAAAGCAGAAAGCUCGUUAUAACACAAAGUUUGCCAUAGUGACCUCUCCCAAAUCUGAAGAAGACUCUGGUUCAUCAUUGAAGAAUAUUGGAGAGACCAAACGUAAAGUGUUUCAAGAUUCACCUAAAAGGAGAUCAAGAUCCAGAAGUAACUUACAUGGAAAAAAAAGAAACCAUACAAAGAGGACACAGCACCCUACAGAAGAUUUUGAAGUUCAGGAACCAGCUAGGAAAAGACUCAGGAUGGAUAAACACAAUAAUCGGAAGAGGGAGACAAGCAGUGACAAAACAGCCAAAACAAACUCUUCUAAGGUCACAGAAACCUCCUCUUCCCUAAAGAACCAGUCAGCAACGAAAAAUCUGUCUGAUGCAUGUAAACCACUGAAGAAGCGAAAUCGGGCUUCAGCAGCAGAAUCUUCAACUCUUGCGUUUAGCAAAAGUUCAUCUCCUUCAACUUCCUUAACUGAGAAUGAGAUCUCAGAUGGUCAAGGAGAUGAACCUUCAGAAUCCCCAUAUGAAAGUGCAGAUGAGACUCAAACUGAAAUAUCUAUAUCUUCUAAAAAGUCUGAACGAGGAACUACAGCUAAAAAGGAAUAUGUUUGUCAGCUUUGUGAAAAAUCUGGAAAUCUCCUACUUUGUGAAGGACCCUGUUAUGGAGCUUUUCAUUUAUCCUGCCUUGGGCUUUCUAGAAGACCAGAAGGAAAAUUCAUUUGCAGUGAAUGUACUUCAGGGAUUCACUCAUGCUUUGUUUGUAAAGAGAAAAAAACAGAAGUGAAACGCUGUGUUGUAUCCCAGUGUGGAAAAUUUUACCAUGAAGCAUGUGUGAAAAAAUACCACCUUACCGUAUUUGAGAGCCGAGGAUUUCGUUGUCCCCUCCACAGCUGUGUAAGCUGUCAUGUAACAAAUCCUUCAAAUCCAAGAUCAUCAAAAGGUAAAAUGAUGCGAUGUGUUCGCUGUCCUGUUGCUUAUCAUGGAGGAGAUGGCUGUUUGGCUGCAGGUUGUUCAGUGAUUGCAUCUAACAAUAUUAUUUGCACUAAUCAUUUCACUGCUCGGAAAGGAAAAAGUCAUCAUGCUCAUGUGAAUGUGAGCUGGUGCUUUGUGUGUUCAAAAGGAGGAAGCCUGUUAUGCUGUGAGUCAUGUCCAGCAGCGUUUCAUCCAGACUGUUUGAAUAUUGAAAUGCCAGAUGGGAGUUGGUAUUGUAAUGACUGCAGAGCUGGAAAAAAGCUUCAUUUUCAAGACAUCAUUUGGGUCAAACUUGGAAAUUACAGAUGGUGGCCUGCAGAAGUUUGCCAUCCAAAAAAUGUUCCUCCAAAUAUUCAGAAAAUGAAGCAUGAGAUUGGAGAGUUUCCUGUGUUUUUCUUUGGGUCUAAAGAUUAUUACUGGACACAUCAGGCACGAGUCUUUCCUUAUAUGGAAGGAGAUCGGGGAAGCAGAUAUCAAGGAAUUAAAGGAAUUGGAAAAGUCUUCAAAAAUGCACUGCAAGAAGCUGAAGCUCGUUUUCGAGAAAUAAAGCUUCAGCGGGAAGCCAGAGAAACCCAGGAAAAUGAACGUAAACCUCCACCUUACAAACACAUUAAGGUGAAUAAACCUUGUGGAAAAGUUCAGAUAUAUACAGCUGAUAUUUCUGAAAUUCCCAAAUGCAACUGCAAGCCCACAGAUGAAAAUCCCUGUGGUUUCGACUCAGAGUGUUUAAAUCGGAUGUUAAUGUAUGAGUGCCACCCUCAAGUUUGUCCAGCAGGAGAGCAGUGCCAAAAUCAGUGCUUUACCAAACGUCAAUACCCAGAGACGAAGAUCAUUAAAACUGAUGGCAAAGGUUGGGGCCUAGUUGCCAAGAGGGAUAUUAAAAAGGGAGAAUUUGUGAAUGAGUAUGUUGGUGAAUUAAUUGAUGAAGAAGAAUGUAUGGCAAGAAUCAAAUAUGCACAUGAAAAUGACAUCACACAUUUCUAUAUGCUUACUAUUGAUAAGGACCGGAUAAUUGAUGCUGGUCCCAAAGGAAACUAUUCCCGAUUCAUGAAUCACAGCUGCCAGCCAAAUUGUGAGACUCUGAAAUGGACAGUAAAUGGAGAUACUCGUGUGGGAUUGUUUGCUGUGUGUGAUAUUCCUGCAGGGACAGAACUGACUUUUAAUUACAACCUUGAUUGUCUGGGCAAUGAAAAAACUGUCUGUCGAUGUGGUGCCUCUAACUGUAGUGGAUUCCUUGGUGAUAGACCAAAGAACUCAGCUGCUCUUUCUUCAGAGGAGAAGGGCAAAAAGACUAAGAAAAAAACAAGGAGACGUAGAACAAAAGGUGAAGGAAAAAAAGAAUCUGAAGAUGAUUGUUUUCGUUGUGGUGAUGGAGGUCAGUUGGUACUAUGUGAUCGGAAAUGUUGUACUAAAGCUUAUCACCUCUCCUGUCUGGAUUUGGUUAAACGACCUUUUGGGAAAUGGGAAUGCCCUUGGCAUCAUUGUGAUGUAUGCGGCAAACCAUCAGUUUCUUUCUGUCAUUUCUGCCCAAAUUCCUUUUGCAAGGACCACCAAGAUGGGACAGUCUUCAGCACCACACAAGAUGGACGGUUACGCUGCUCUGAACAUGAGUUUGGAGUGGAAUCUGUUAGAAACCCAAAGACUGAGAAACCCUUCCCAGAACCAACCAAGUUGAAGCCCAAGAGAAAGAAAAGAAGGUGUUGGAGGAGAAAAACAGAGUACAAAUAGUGUCAGACUUCAGGGGUUUUGUGUGUUUGUGUGUGGUGUUGUUGUUGUUUUUUUUUUUUUUUUUUUUUUUUUUUUUUUUUUGUUUGUUUGUUUGUUUGUUUGUUUUGUUUUUAACUGCCAACACUAUCUUGUAGAUACAAGGGUCUAUCUUGUGAAUAGGGUCAACGAAGGAUACAGUUUUACAUAUCUAAUAAGUGUACAGGCUUCAUUUUGGGGGAAAGCAUUUGUAAAUCCACUGAGCCAUCUCUAGCAGUUUCUGCUGUAUCUGCACUGAUAAUGAAUUGUGGCAUACACAAUUCAGAAUUUUUCAGGACAAACAAAACUUAAUUACACAACAUUACAGUUACACUUGAAUUUCUAAGAAUGUAAUGGUUCCCUCCUGCAUUUGGGGAUAAAAAAGGCAUGACUGAAAAAAUUUGACGCCUAUUUUCCACUUCACCUGAGAGGUAUGUGGGGUGGAAAACCAUAUUUCCUUAAAAAAAAACACUUUUGUAGGUGUUUAACAAAAAAGACCUUUGCUCAGUGUUUUUAUUCAGAAGAUACCACAGUGCUAUCUAUUUCAAAGGUUUUAACUUGGUAUCCUCUGAAACAGUGAGUUUGGUCAUCUCUCCUGCUCUUAUAAAAACAGCAAACUGUAAAAGUUUUUUUGUUAAUGUGAAAUAUUUUCUCAGAAAUGUAUAUCCCUUUAUAAGGAGAGGAGCACCCUAGGAUAGUGAGGGGGGGGGGGAAUUUUAGAGGAUUUUUUUUCAUAUUCUUUUUUUUCCUAUUUAUAGAUUUACAACUAAAAUAUAAGUAACACUUUAGUCUUCAGAGCUGUAAGAGUCUCAAACUUGGAACAACAACUUUUCCUAAAAUGGCCACCGUGGUGAAAAUCAUAUCACCUCUUUUGGGCAUAUCUUUUGAAUGCACAGUCAUCUUGUCAUCAUUCUUCACCAUUUUGGGAAAACGCUUUAUAUGUUUUUUAUUUGGUUUUUCUUUAAUGAUUUUUUUAUUUUGGCUUUUAAUCUCAAAAUAUAUAUUUGCUAAGCCUCAUUUCACAAAUUAUUACUAAUUAAAAUGUAUGUUUAUUGAUGAUAUCCUGAUUUUUCAUUACAAAAAAAAAUGUGAACUUAUAGGGACAUUAGACCUGCCAUGUGUAUGUUUCAAUUUAGGCUAAAAGGUAAAAUAAAUAAUUGAGGUAAAAAAUGAUUUUAUGUACCGUUUCCUGCCCCAUAGGUGUUUUGAUAUAAGGAUGGGCAGAGUUGCUAACAAGUUCUGACCUGUGCAAUCAUGAUCCAACCCAGAUGCCCCUAGUUUAUGCCCAUUUAAUAUUUUAUACGUACUAGCAUAGUUUGCCUUUAUAGUGCAGAUCUGUUAUGUAGCCCUUUAAAAAAAAUGAAGCAUAGUCUAUCAUAAAAAUGUAUAUUUUUUCAGAACUAUUUUUUCAGGGUUUGAAAGAUUUAGAUUUUAGAAUUAUUGAUGAUUAAAGCUAUUUCCAUUACAUGCAAAUUUUGUGGGUCUUUUUUCAUUAAAAACUUGAAUUGAUACUGGUCUAAAAUGUGCCAUUAUCCAACAUUAUAAUAUGAAAGCAUUUGGGGGCGGGGAAAAUAAAUAAUCGUUUUGCUUUGAUUGUGGAUCAGAAUUUAAACAGUGCGGGGAAGGCUAGCUUUAUCCUUUUUCAGUUUUCUCCAUUUCAAGUUAUUUUAAGAUGGAACAAGUCUUGCACUGAUUUCCAUUGUGAGAUUUUUUUUUUCAUUUGUUUCUAAAAUUUUUCAGCAUAUAAAAGAGCACCCAGUCAUGGUGUAAUGUUUGAGAGAUAUUAAGUUCCCUUUUUUCAAAGUCUUUUUUUUUUCUCCUGCUCUGAGAAUACAUUCUGAUAUUUGGAAGUUUGAAGUAUAAACUCCAAAGAGGUCACCGUUUAUUUCAUGUCCCUCUAUUCCUUCUGUCUCACUCUACCCAAGGAUAUUUGGUGUAGUAGAAGAGAAUUAGGGAUAUUAUGGGAAUAUCAAGGUGACUGAAUGGGAAGAGGUAAAGAAGAAAAAGUGAGCAUCUCUAAUAACAUCUUUUUUUUUUUUUUAAGAAUGAAGGAAAUACUUGUGAAGCAACUGCUUUUAACAUCAUCUAAGAAUCAAAUCCAUCUUGAAAAGGAAUUUACAAAAACCUACUUUUGAUAAUAAUAGUUAUGAAAAUUGACACUGAAGUCAAGUGGAUUUUGAAAUUCAAUUUUACUGUAUUCUUUGCUUCAUUAAAUUGCCAUAUAUCAUUGAUUAUAAAAAAUGGAAGAACAUUGUAAUUAUCUGUUUUGUAACUAGGCAGGUUAACAUUUCUGUGCAGAAACUGCCAAGUGUUUGAGAGGGUGACCAUGGAUAGAUAAACCUGUUUAGAUAAACCUGUUUAUGUCAUGUUAAUCGUAUCGGGCUUUUCUUGAAGCUCUGUUUGCAACAAUAAGGGGAGGCCAUCAAAGUAUGCAGUACAUUUGCCCAAGUCCUGUAAAUACUAACCUGCUUAGGGAUUUGUAGCCACUUUUAAAAGCUUUGUUGAGCACUGAAUGUUUAAGAAAAAAAUAUUGACUUCACUGUUGGUAAUUGUGGUGCUGUUUCUUGAUCCCACUGCUUCCACUCCCAACUAAAACAAAGGUAUAUGCCGCUAAAAGACUUUUUGGUGAACUUACAUAGUGGCAUUAACAUUUUACUUGUUUAUGUUGUUAAUUUAUAAAAAUUAUAUUCAUCCAGAGGGAAAUUGUUAUCUAGAUAAUUUUCCUUUUAGAAAUGUUUGAGGCAGAUGUAAAAGAUUUGUUCAUAAAAGUAAUAUGCACCUUAUCCCCUAGAACUGAAAAGAUGUUGUAAGGCAAAGAGCCUUACUGUUUUUCUUCUCUGGAGUUCAAAGCAUCAUGCAAGAUACUGUGUACUAAAAACCAAAUGUGUCAAAUGAUAGAAUAGCCAGGGCCUAUUAAUUUUGCAAGACAAUAGUCAAUUUAAAGAACUUUAAAAAUGUAUUACUGUAGACCUACCUAUCUAUUGUGAAGGUGGCUGACUGUUAACAAAGUUUGGAUUGUUUUCAAUCAGUCAAAAUAUGCUAUUUUCUCCUGAUUAAUGGGCAGGCUUUGAGACAUUCUAAGUCAACUGUCAGCAGUAUUUUUUUUUUAACACUAAGAAGUAUAUUCUGUUGGCUUUUAGUUUUUCCAAAUUAUUUUUAUGAUCUGGGUUAAAAAAAUCUCUUUAAAAUUUUUUUUAACAUUUCUUUUCUUGAAAUUAUUUUUUAAAGAAUUUUCUACAUUGUAAUCUUCCACAUGUUUAUAUUUCAGAUGAGGCCAUAAACACUGACAAAAUGAAAUGUUCAUUUUUGGAUGAAAGAGCUAGUCCUAGCACAAGUUAGCCUUUUUUAAGUUAAUAUUUCAGAAUUUUUACUUAAUUGGUUCUCAGACUUUUGGGAACAUUUAUAGAGAUUUUGAUUAUGACUGCCCAAAAAUCAGCUUCCUCCUUUUGGGUGCUUCUAUCUUUGAAUUUCUUAGAAGAAAAAAAAUAACUUGAUGUUAACUUGAUCUUUUGGCACCAGGGAAUGAUUACAAAGGGUCUGAAGUUAGAUUUUAUAAAUCUGCAAAAACUUACCCAACCAUCUUUAACAGACUUGUUUUAAAACCAGUCCUUUAAUAAAAUAUCUAAUCCUAGUCUCAACUAUAUGCUGUCUCAGGCCUUUGUAAGUAAGAUAGAUGCUACUUUUGACUAUUGUACAGAUUACAACUCUUUAGUUAAUGAAUUCUCCAGCUGGGACAUAAAAUAUUUGUGGGAUAGUUGGGUCUCUUUGACCUUUUAAUAAAAUUGUCUAGUCUCUAAAACAGUUGAAUAUAAUAGAAUACAGUUGCAUUUUUGCUUAUAUCUCAGUUACAUUAAAUGCUACUCUUUUCCUGAAUGUUUAUCUAUAAUAAUAUUAAGGACUGCAUGCUCAGGUUUGAGUUUGUGGAAUUUUUUGAAGUAUUUACCCUGAUGAGCCCAAGGUUAUAUAUACAUUCCCCUAACUUUCAGACUAUAUUAUUUUCAGGAAAUUAACUGAAUGUUAAUGCAAAAGACUUUGUAUCAGUUACCAAAUAGCUUCAUCCUAUGUGAAAUGAAACCUGCAUGGUACUAUAUGAAUGUUGGGGAAAAUAUAGUCAGAUUUUUGUAUAACCCAUUUUGCUAAAUGGUGUAUAAAUUCUACCCUGUUGAGAUGUGAAAUAAUGUUGUUAGAAACAACAAAAAAAGUUAUGUUUUUGUUUGUUUACCUCUAAACAAGUUCCAUUUACAGUAAUGUCAGGUAUUAGAAAGUUCUAUGAAGGUUGGAUGAUGGCCCCAAAUUUAAUUUGUUAGCCUAGGAAUAAAUAUUCCAUUUGGGGGAUAUACUGAGAUGUAGAGUUUUUUGAAUUGCCUAACAUUGGAGGGGGAGGGAGGGGAAUGGAAGAAUAGCUUUUAAAGGGAAAACUUGUGUUUGAAAAAAGUGUGUGAUUAUUUUUCUGUAUAAAAUGAAGAAUAGGUUUGUCUUUAACCUUUUUUUCUACAGAAGUCUUGUUUCAAUGUUUUUAAUUGUCUUUUGACGAUUUCUAUUACUUUUUAUUAGGACUCAAAUGCUACUGACUCAGUGGUUUUCAUCCCAAGAAUCCUGGUAAAAAUAACUAAAUUAAAAGUGUUGUAAGGAAAAGUUUCCAAGGAAGUUUUGUCACUGUCAGUGCUUUAAAAUACAGAUUAAUUUGAGAGAAAAUCCUCAACCUGUACAGAGUGCCAGCAUUUACAAGGCAGAUAUAAUUGGCCCCCUAAGAAGGUUCACCUUUUGGGACAAAAUUUAAAAGGUAUUUCUGUUGGGGCAAGGUGAAACUAGAAACUCCUCUAGUAGUUGUGACUAUAGACUUAAUUUUCAGUUUCCAAACCAAGCUCUAGAAUUUUACAAAAUUAUCCCUUGAUUUAUCUUGUUUACCACGACAUAGUAGCAAAAAAUUAACCCCAUUUUAUAGCUUGGUGCAUGGCAUUGUCAACAUUUGCAGAGUUCUGUAUUUCAGACAUGUUCUGCACAUGUUCCAUAGACUCAUAACAGUGCCAAUAAGUAUAAGUUUUCUACUUGGGCUAUUAUAUGUGGAUUAUUGUUUUAUUUUGGAAAAAUGUAAUUUUAUAGUCAAUUUGGUUCAAGAAGUAUUCAUUAAAGGUGAAAUGUUCACAUACCAAAGACCUAAUUGGAAUUGUUUUUCUUACCAUUUAAUUCAGACUUUGCAUGUGAGAAGUUGGAGGGAUCAAUUGAACAUCUACUAAGGGAGCACCAUAUAGGUCCAGUGUGUGAAGUGCUUCAAUUAAUCAAAGAUCUUCCUGAAUAGACCUUGCAAGAGGAUAUAGUAUUUAUGUGCAGGCAUAAAUUCAAUAGUAAUGUCCUCAUCAGUGCUUAAUAAUACAUGCAUUAUUAAUAACUUAUGACUGUUAAAAACAAAUCUUGCCUUAAAUAUUUCAGAAAAUCUCCUUGAGAUACAGAUUGGUGAUGAGUCUUAUAUGAUUUAGAGGAGAAAGAUCAUCUAAUCUAAACUCCUCAUUUUAAGUUAAAUGACUUGCCCAACAAAAACCCUUUUGAAUCCAGGUUCCCUGUCCUCCAAGUCUUUUCAUUGUCCCAUUUGUAAUAUUGUGUUCUAUAAGGUUAAAUUUCCAUGUGUUUUUCAUCCAAAAAGAAAAAAAAAAAGGAAUCGUAUCUAAUACCGCCUCUGUGCCAGGUGCUAGGGGAUUAACCAAGGACAAAAAUAAAUCAGUUUGUGCUCAGCAGCUUAUAUUCUAUUAAGAGAGAAGUACAUACAGAAAUACAGUCAUACAAAAUAGAUGGAAGGUAGCCAGGCAGAGGGAGCAUUAGAACUGGGGAAGAUCAGGAAAGGCUUUGCGUAGAAGGGGAAGCAGAGAUGAGGAAGUAAUUUAAAGGAAUGACCAGUGCAAUACCAUAGAAUCGCGUGGUACCUUUUGUGAAGAACAGAUGGCUUUUUAGGCUGAUCUAGCAGAGAUCAUUGGCUAAUGAAAUAGGAAAGAAAGGUUGAGGAACAUCUAAUAAAGCUAAUUUGGGCUCUAAAAGCCAAACAGAGGAGGUAAUAAGAGGCCACUGGAAGAUAGGGUGAUGUGUGGGCUUAAGGAAAAUCAUUAUGGUGGUUGUAUGGAGUGUAGAUUUAGACUAAUUAGGUCAUGGCAAGAGGUCCUGAAAUAAGGAGGUGACAGUAGAAGCGCUUGAAUGGGAUAGAUGUUGAAGUGGUUAUAGUAAUUGGUAAUUGAUUGUAUAUGUAGGUGAGGUAAGAAACUGAAGAUAUCACCAAAAUCAUAAAUCAAAGACCUGUUAUUGAAAAUUCACAGAACUGCUUAGAAAAUUAGGGGAAAAUUAUAUUAAAAAAUAAGAACCUUAUAGCAUAUACCAAGAUUGGCUCUAAAUAUAUAUACAUAGGUUACAUGAUAAGAAAAUGAGAGCAAUGAAAACCUUUCCUUUUUGAAUCUAUGGUUAAAGGGAAGAAUUCUAGAUUAAACAAGGGAAUCAUAAAAUGUCAUACAAUUUUGAUUAUAUGUAAUUUGAAAGUUUUUGAAUUGGUAAAACCAGUGUGCUAACAUUACUUAGAAAAGGGAGAUAUGAAACUUUAAAGAAAGUUUCACAGAUAAAGAUCUGAUUUACAAAAUACCCAAGGAAUUGAUUCACAUUUAGGAAUGAGAGCCAUUUUCCAGUUGAUGUGAUCAAAGGAUAUGAAGAGGAAAUUGUCAAAGGAAGAAAUUCAAGGUACCAGUAGCCAUAUUUUUAAAAUGCUUUGCGUCACCGAUAGAAAAAUGCAGAUUGAAGCAACUCAGGUUUCCAUUUCAGACUCAUUAGAUUGGCAGAUUUUAAAAAAAAAAAAAAAAAGGAGGGUUGCAGGAAAAAAUUUGAAACUGUACACACACUCUAAUGGGAGGGAAAGAAAAUUGAUCCUUACUUUAAAAAAAAUAUUGAUGCCCUUAAAAGAAAUAGGAAGAGGGGAAUGGAUUUUGAGAGAAAAAGUUCAGUUUGGGGUUGAAUUUAAGAUAUCCAGUUUGAAAUGUCUGAUACACAGACUGAAUUAAGGAUCUCUGAAUUAACCUGGUUAGAGGUGACAUUUAUGGGAAUUAAGAUGACUAAAAAGCUGGGGGGAGAGGGGAAUACUUUGGAGAUGUGAUGAGAAUAAUGAGACUGAAGAGUGGCCAGCGCCAUAGACUCUCGGAAUAUCUAGAAGACGGUUAACUGUCAGAUUGGCGGCAGAACUAUCCAGGAGGAUGAGGAUUGGGAAGAGCUUAAUAGAUUUGGCAAUUAUGAGAUAGAUGGUGAUUUGGGAGAGUGCAAUUUCAGUUGAAUGAGAUCAAAUGCCAGAUUAAAAAGAGUUGUGGAGUAAAAGAAGAGGACAUAGAAGCAGACAGUGCUGACAGUUUUGGCUGGGUCAGGGAAGAGAUGUGGAAUGAUAGCUUGAAGGGGAUGGUAGAGGCCAGUCAUCAGUGGAAACCCUGAGUAUAUUUAAGGGUAGAGAAGGAGCUAGUAGCUUGAGACAGAUUCAAGGUGGAGGUGGAAGGGAUGUUUUGAGAGUGGAUCCACUUGGAGACAGCUGGUAAUGGCAUUAAGAGCACAUAUAAAGGGGUGGCUUUGGCCAGUAGAAGGAUCAGUAUCAGACACCAAAAGAAUGAGUGAGUGAGGAUGGAAAGGAGAAGGGGGAGCUCCUGGCAACAACCUCUAUCAUCUUAGUAGCACAUUAUCAUUCCUGAAGUGCAGGGACUGGCCUAGAUUUUGAGAACCUAUUAACAUCAUGAAGGUAUGUUUGUCGGUAAUGUCACUUGGGUUAUAUGAUGACUGUGUACAAACAGGACACUUUCUCACUUCAAAUGAGUGGCAUUACACCAAGCACUGUGCUAAGCACUGACUAUAGACAUCCCUUAAUAAUGAAAGGUCCCAAAUAAGAACUCAUAUUUUUAAGCUACUCUAAGCAUGUCUAUACAUGUGUGUAUAUCUAUCUCUUGUGUAUGUGUCUAUAUCCACUUUUAUCUACAUAUGUAUAAACAUCAAUCCACAUGUGUAUAUUUAGACCUAUAUGUAUAUCAAAGUGUAUAUGCAUUUGUGUAUUUAUACAUUGUAUGUCUCUAACUAGAGAUAAAGCCAGCUUCUUAAACUAUGGUUUGCAACCCCAUUAUGGGGUCUCAUAACUGGAUGUGGGGGUAGCAAAAUUGUGAUUAACAGUAAAUGUUUGAUGUGUACAUGUAUUUUCUAUACUUGGGGUCAUGUAAAAAGUUCUCAAGGGAAAAAAGGUUUGCAAGUGGGAAAAGUUUAAGAAGCCCUGCUCUAGAAUACAAAACAUAGGUCUUUAAUGCUGUAAUGUUAUUGAGACCAGACUGCACAGGCUAAUAUGUCAUGAAAGUUAAAAUUUGGUUAUUUUAAAGGCCAGGAAACAUCACUAGUAGAAAUAAAAACCUGACUUUCAUGGAGACACGCGUAUAACUCCAUGUAGCUGAAUGCUCAGAUUCAAAUCGUUAAGGCGUUAACUUACUUGGCUAUGCCAUUUCAAAUAAUUGCCAUGUUUUUAAUUCCUAGUUCUUCUUCACACAUUAAUCCAGGUUACCCAAAGGGCAUCAGUGGCACAGAGACUGGCUGUCAGGGGGUUGGCAGGAGCUUGAGACCCACUUGUGAAAUAUCAGCCCAGUCCACCAGCUAUAUAUCCAACUGCCCAUAGUUAGAAAACUACUGAAGCCAAAUGUUUUUAUUAUCCCCAUUUUACAGAUGAGAAAAAGUGAGGCAAGCAGUGAUCAACUGACUCACCUGGGAUUUUAUGUCUGAAGCAAGAUAUGAACUUGGCUUUUCCUAAUUCCAGGUAUAGCACACUCUCCACUGCAAAACCCACUUAUCUCGCUGGAGAGGCUUGCCAUGUUCACGAAAUUACUGGGGUUAUGGAAGAGGUAUUAAAGUUAAUUCUGCUUCACACUGUAAGAUAGUCUUCAGGAGCAAUGAAGGUAAACAGGUGCUUUCAUAGGAGGAGAAAUCCUCAGCGGUGUCUGUGGCAUGAUCAGUUCUGGUGGUGAAAUGCCCUUUCCAAAGAACCUUUUAGCACUUACCAGUUGUGUGGUAAUGGGAAACUCAUUUCUCCUGUGAAGCUGCAUAGAGCUUUCCUCACUCUCUUCACCUGUAAAAUGGAUCGAUUAUGAGGCCUUGUGGUACUGCCAUGAGGAAAGCAUUUUGUAAGCCCAAAACAGUUGUGGCCCUAGUCAAAGGUUUGAAAAGGAAGACUGAAGGAACUAAUAAAGAACAUAGAGGUGAUGAUGGAAUAAAUAUCACCAAAUGAUUUCCAUCCUGCCAAUGUCAUGAACAGAACACGCAUGACCUUCCUGAUACUGUAGCAGAGGACUGCUGAAUAACCCGAAUUCUGUUCACUAGUUUAAAAUGCUCAGGUCAAAUUUUGAUUUGUCAGACGUUUGAUUAAUACUGGGUUUGCAGUUCACCAAACUCACUAGAUUUUUUUUUUUUCACCCUUAUAUGAAAAUUGGGAAAUUCAUCCAUUUCCAAUCCUAUAGUCUCCCUUCCUUAGUUUCUACUAGUGCUCCAGUGGGAAGAAAAGACCAACAGAUUCAUCUAAGUCUCCGGCCUAUUCCCUGUAACUGGAAUGCAGAGAGUGAGGGUGCAGACCAAUAGUAUUGCUAAAGGCUGGAUCCAAAAAGAUGUCAUUGGUCGUUUGAUGGCAACAUGAGAACUUUAGCAAAGAGUUCCACGAGUCUGUCCUUGGCUUUUCGUUGCUUAAUUUUGAUUUGGAUAAAGGUAUCAAUGACGUGCGUAUCACACAAAAUUAGAUGUAUAACAAAUUGGGAUUCCCUCAAUCCACAAAUCUUGAGCAGCUAAAAUAAUGGUCUGAACCAAAUGGCAUCUUUCAUGGGGAGAAAGGAAAAGUCUUCAACUCCACAAGUAAGAAAAAUGGAGGGGCAGCUAUCAGUUAACUUGGAAAAAAAUUGUGGGCUGAGAUUACACUAAAGAUUCUGGUGCCCUAGGCAAGUAGUUGAGGGUCCUACUAAGUAAUCUUGCCACUCUAGGUAAUUACUGUAUACUUGGCCCCAGGCAGAGCCCACACCUACAAUGUUGUUCACUUCUGGGUGCCAUCCAAGGCCCUGGGUGAAAGGUCUUCAAUAUUCUGCUACAUAAGGAUCGUUUAGCUGGAAAUGAAGUAUUUGAAUGUCUCAGGAAAGAAUUUGAUUUGCUUGACGUCAGAGGACAAAUGAAUAAGGGAAUAGAGGUUACAGAAGCAGCAAAGUGUGUCGCAAAUAGUACAUUUGAUCCUUAAAACUAUUGCAUGAAUGAGGAAUCUGAGAAAGGCAGGAAUUAAAUGACUUAUUCACAGCUUUGAACUAGGUAUUCCUGACACCAAGUAUCUGCUGUAAUCCUGGAGCAAACAAGGGCUGUCUGUUUUGUCAUGUGUGUUGUAGAGGGGAUUUUUCUGCAGGUCCCAGGUGACCCAGGUCUCAACUCAGGGUAAAUUGUACAUUCAAAGUGAAUUGCACAUAUAUUAUACUAAAUUGCAUCUGGAUUUUUUCAGCUUUUGAAGGAUAACUUGCCUACGUGUCUUUUAUACUUUAAAAUUUAUUUUUGCAUUGUCACUCCUCAUUAAUCUUCCCUUCCCCCAAGAUCCUUCCUUUACAAACAAUAUUAAAACCAAUAAUGUUGACUAUAACAGACCUGCAGUCAGAACUUGGUUCUUUUUUUAGAUAUCUGUAUUCCUGGCAUUUUACUUAACAAAUCUGCUCAAGACUUGUGUAUUUUGAUUUUUUUUAAGUCAGUGUUUUUAAGCUUUAAGAAUAAUGUGCUAUUUUUUAUCCUACUACUUUCAUUAUUGGUUCUGAAGGCAUCUCAUCCUGCUUCUAACCUAUCUUAAUUUCUAUGACUUGUAAUUUGACCACUCUCUUGACCUGUAAAAUGGAGGUGUCAGAUUUGCAGCCCUCCUUCCCUGCCUCCCCUGAUGAUUGUAAAAUGUUUAACCAACCAAAUAAAAAGCAGUAUCAACAUA